CCUCUGGCAACUUUGGCAGGCUUGCUCUUCUACUUCCAGACACCUCCACCGGUUCACGACAAGCAUCACAACGUUCUUUCCUCUAAGAUGGAUUCGUUGCCGGUAGACACAUCCAACCCUGCAGUAAGGGAUUAUCUCGCUCUCGUUCGUCUUCAGGUUCUCACACCACUCUCACUUCUUAUCAAUAUCGUGACUGUGUUUGUAUGUGCGACGAUCGUAAAACCGACAAUUGGGGACUUAAUAAGGUUGUACCCGACCUCGAUCUCUUUUCAUCCUGGUCUAGUGGCGGUCUACGUGAUGAUGAUAUACGUAGCACAGGUUGGAUAUUGCCUGUUGCUCGUCUUUGCUAGAAAGGCCGAGACGAAGAAGGCCCAGGUCAAAGCUGUGGGCAUUUCACUGGUACUCGCCAAUUGGACGAUGGCUUUCUGGGCGAUAGCUUGGGUUAUGCGAUUCUUCCUUGCCUCGACCAUAUUAUUAGGCAUUCUCGUAGUCCUGCUGGCAUACUCUAACGUCGUCCUCCUGGUCUAUCAUACGCCGACGACUGAUCGGCCGAUCGACAUGAUGCUUAUACACGCACCGCUUCGAUUCUUUUUCGUUCUCCCGCUCUCGUUGAUUAUAACAUUGGGUCUCACGUACUCACCCGGCCAUCCGGAGCACUACGAUCGCUACGCCUGGCCAGGCUUCGCUGUCGUAUUUUCAGCAAACCUGCUCGGAUUAGCAGUGAUAGCCAUCGGAAGAGACAUCACAUGGGCUGUCGCAGCAACGUGGAUAUGCAUCAGCGAAUGGACUGCAAAGCCGAAGCCUAUGCCCGUCUACGCAACUACGAUAUUGUUCACUGUGCUCCAUCCUCUCACUUUGCUGGCAACUAUGUUGUAUCACAUCUUCUUCAAGCGGAGACUCAGCGGGCCUAUCGCAUUACCGGCUGAUGAUGAUGAUCACCAUAGACCGCUUAGAAGACCGAGGGAGGUGGAUUCAGAUGCCUGGGCCUGAGCAUUUCCUCCCCCUGAUUCUUAAAUGCCGGUGUCGUGUGGAGGUGACCCAUACCAUCGGUUAUACUAGCUACGGCUAGUUUGUACACCUAUCUUUAUCAUGUGUGGCCCGAAAGUUCUCAUAUUGACGGUCCCGUUGAUUUCAUCGCCGGCUUUCUCACUUAAUCAUCAUGAUGCAGAGUAACAUACAUACACAAAUGAGUUACCCAUAGUCACCAAAGAGCUUGUCCUUGAGAUUGCGCUUGCCAAAAGCUUGAACUUCC